GUUACGUGUUUAUAACCGUUGCAGUUAAAUAAUGCAGCUCAUAUUGUUUUGUGAAUUAAGAGGAUAGUUAUUUGUAAAAUUAACGCACUGAUUAAAGCGUAGUAACUAGUAAUAGCGUUUCUGUUAUGGGCGACGAAUAUCAUAAGCUGACGGCGGAACUUGACGCUAGGGAAGUACUGCAAUACCUUAAUCACCUAGGAAUUCAAAACAUAAGCGGAGAAGUUUUGAAACACUUUAUCACAGAUUUAAAAAAACUAAUCAAAUAUGAUCUUCAGCAGAAAUAUGCAAAUUUUUCUGAUCAUGAAAACAUUCCGACACAAGGUCCAGAAAGGCUACACAGUGCUAGUACAUUUUCAUCCAGGAUUAGAUCUCGAACAGCAGACAGCGCAGACUUGAAAUGUAAUAGAGACUGCCAGGUUAGAAGGAAGGCAUUGCACGUACGUAAUAUACAGUCUGCUCCAAACAUUCGGCAAACAAUGCCAGAGGAGAAACCAUUAAGAAGGGCUUGCUCUUGUGUCAGAGUUGAGAAGAAGGAAUCUACUACUAGCCAAAUGAAAACCAAUGCUACCACCUCAAACAAUAAUAUAAUUAGAGUAGCAAAACAACCAGCUAAGAAGAAAUGUGAUCCUGUCUCCCUAUAUCAUUAUUACACGUCACUUUGGGAGAAAUACAAGCCCAAUGUUCCCGGUGAAAAUAACUGGUCCGACUUGAGGUGGAGUGUAAGACAGAAAAUGGCUGGUAGUGCCAUCCAAACACAGAAUAAAAUAAGCAAGAUCCCGGAAAAUCCUAAAGCAUUGGAUAAAUGACAAAUAUCUUUGACACUAAUUUAUCUGAGGAUAACAGUUUAGAGUUAUGGAUAAAUGAAAUUGGGAAUGACAUCCAGUUAUUUUCUUAACAAUUGAGUUCAGGUUAAGUAUUUAAUAAAUAUGUAUGUAAAUAGCUAACUAAGGAGUUAGUGAUUGAUGAUACAUUCAUUGAGAAAAUUUAAGUAUAUUGUUAUGAUAAAAGUGCCUUAUUUUAAUAUAAAAAUGUGACUAAAUGUAUAAAAAUUCUGCUUACAUUUAAAAUGCGCAUAGACGGGUUUCUGUCAAUAUUCUCAUUAACUGGCAGGUAAAGCUAAAGGCAUGUAAAGGUAAACAAUAUCAGAUAAUAAAAAUAAUGUAUUUUAAGAGAGGCUAGUAAAAUUGUAUGAAUUAAAUAAAAAAUACCAUAUA